CGAGCUUAAUAAGUUAGUGCUUAGGUUAAGGAUAGAGGUUAGGUUAAGGUCAGUAAAGAUAUAUUAAUGUACUUUUCAGCGAAAAGUUGUAAUGACCUGUUCAAAUCAGGCAAGACAACCACCGGGGUGUAUACAAUCGACCCGGACGGCCUGGGAGCUUUUCGUGUUCGUUGUGACAUGGAAACCACUCCAGGGAUGGGCUGGACUGUAUUCCAAAGACGUGUAGAUGGCUCAGUGGACUUUUACAGAAACUGGAUUGACUACAAAACUGGAUUUGGCAAUUUGUCUGGUGAAUUUUGGCUCGGUUUGGGCAAGAUUCAUCGUCUCUCAACCAGUGGGCAGAAUGUACUGAGAGUUGACCUCGAAACUUUUGAAGACGAGACAGCUUAUGCAAUUUAUGAAUCAUUUUCUGUGGGAAAUAAAAGCGAAGGUUAUAUUUUGAAUGCUGAUACCUACUCAGGUACUAAUAAAUAUAUAGCUAUAAAUUCCUUGAAUGCAUGUAUACAGAAAUAA